AACAAAAUGAUAAGCUUUUCUUACAAAAUGAAUUGUAUGCAGGUUGUGUUACCAAGCCUUGAGGAGCUGCAAUUAUGCUGGAUGAAUGUUGACAUCAAAUGGCUCACUUUAGUAUCAUCUUUUUGUGUCAAGAAAUUGAAGAAAUUGAUCAUUCAAGGCUUUGAUAAUUUGGUAUUUUUGUUCUCAUCUUGUGUGGCUAGAGGUAUGGUGAUGCUUGAACGACUUGAAAUAAGGGAAUGCAAGAGGAUGAGAGAGAUUAUUGUCACAGAGAAUGCAGAAGAAAAUGAGAAUUUGAUUUUUCCCCAACUGAACCACCUAUCGAUAGAAGACCUUCACAACCUUGUUGCAUUCUACUUAGGAAAUUGUAUUGUUGAAUUCCCAUCCUUGGAGGAUUUGGAAGUACUGAAUUGCCCCGAAUUGAAGGGAUUCACAGUUAAAUAUUCUGAAAGCACAAGUUGCAUAGUUGACAUGCAGACACUCUUCAAUGAACAGGUUGCAUUUCCCAACUUGAAAAGGUUGACUAUCACCCACUUGAAAAACUUGGAGAUCAUAUGGCACAACAAACUAUAUGCAAAUUCCUUUUGCAGGCUAAUAUCAUUAAAAGUUGAAAAUUGUGAAAAGCUAUCAACUGUUUUUCCUUGUACUGAUAUAUUGGGAAAAGUCUUGAAAUCCCUAGAGGUGUUAUCUAUAUAUCGGUGUGGCUCACUCGAAGGGAUAUUUGAAAUUGCUGAGUUCAAUGUCAAACAAACACAUGCUGUAAUUGACACCAAGUUCAAAGAAUUGAAUAUUGAAGGCCUACCAAGAUUGAAGCAUGUGUGGAAUAAGGAUCCCCAAGGAACACUCACUUUUCACGACCUGGAAUCAGUCAAGGUAAGCUGUUGUGGGAGUCUCAAAAAUUUGUUUCCAGCUUCAAUAGGCAAAAACCUUUUGCAACUCCAAAAGCUACAUUUAUACUUGUGCGGGGUGGAGGAAAUUGUCACAAUGGGAGAACAAGAAGCUGGAGCAAUUGUUAGCUUUGAAUUUCCUCAAGUAACAAGUCUUAAGCUUGAGGUGCUACCAACACUCCAAUGUUUCUACCCAGGGAAGCACACGACAAUGUGGAAAAUGUUAAAAAAGUUUUAUUUUUCCCAUUUCAAUCUAGUAAAGGAAGCAGAUGGGCGUGGGCAACUUGACUUCCCUGUACGACUACCACUUUUCUCUACAAAAAAGGUACAAUUCGUAUCAUAACUUUCCAUUGUGAAAUUAGAACCCCUCUCCAAAAUAAAAUAAUAAAAGAACACCUUACUACAACUAUAUAUCAUGUAACAAGUCAUUAAUUUUUAAUAAUCAUCAUACAUGGAUAAUGAUAUCAUAUUGGAAAGAUGCAAUAACUUGCUUUAGUGAGACUUCAGUGGUUUUUUUAAUGAAAUAUUGUUUGCGAGACUGCUUGAAAAUGGUUCUUAGUAUUCCUUUAACUUUGUCAUUAUUGUUUUGAAUCUUUGUGUUAAAUAAAUCUGCUUGUGUUCA